UUAGGGUCAGCUAUGACAUGAUGGCGAAGAAAAGGCAGUGAAGAGUACGUCAGCGGCAUGGCCCUGGCUACGAACAAGAAGCUGCUGCUGACAUCCCGGUAUGGCGGCAAUCGGCUGUGAGCCACAGUAGAGGGCAGCAAGGUUUCCCAACAGCUUUGAGCUGGGGUGAUUGCAGCUGCACAUCUUUCUGUCCCAUGCAGCGGUGGUGGGACCAUGGGGGUUUUCGACAUUCAAAGGCAGCGCUUUGAGCUGCUCUCUGAACUGCAGAACGGAGACCUGACAGCUGUCUCUCUGGGGAAGUGCUUCCCUUUUUGAAGUUGUGGAGGAAAACCUUUUGCAUCUUUCUGCGCCCCGCCCCGUCAACAGCAAUUACUUCCUCUGGAGCCGCCUUUCCUUUGCAGCUGUCAGGUUGUCCUGAGCGAGGAGCUAAGCUGCACAUUCUGUCUGAAGCAAGAACGCUGGACCCAGCAAAGGACAUCGGUCUUGGAAAAGCAGAAUGUCCGAUUCUCUGGUUGUGUGUGAUGUGGACCCAGACCUGAAGGAGAAACUGAAGACAUUUCGGUUUCGGAAGGAGACAAACAAUGCAGCUAUAAUUAUGAAAGUUGACAAAGACAAGCAACUGGUGGUGCUGGAGGAAGAAUUUCAGGACAUCUCUCCAGAAGAGCUGAGAAGUGAACUGCCAGAACGCCAGCCUCGAUUUGUGGUCUACAGCUAUAAAUACCUCCACGAUGAUGGUCGGAUAUCCUACCCUCUCUGCUUCAUCUUCUCCAGCCCUGUUGGAUGCAAGCCAGAGCAGCAAAUGAUGUAUGCCGGGAGCAAGAAUAGGCUGGUGCAGGUGGCUGAGCUCACCAAGGUCUUCGAGAUCCGGACCACAGAAGAUCUGACGGAGCAGUGGCUGAAGGAACACCUGGCAUUUUUCCAUUAGCUAGUGGGGAUUAUCCUGCACCUUCAGCUUCAUCCAAACCUAUGGCAAGACCUGAGAUUUGAUCUCCUUUCCUCACCAGGGAGGGGGCACCGAGGGGGACACGUGUAAAUGGCAUGCAUGCACUGUCGACACCUCUGGAGUUUGUUGAGUGAAUGAAAAUGAAAUAAAGCUUUUUUGGAUCCAUA